GCGCACAUGAUAAGGCAAGCACGGACACCUCUGUAGUGUCUUCAGCCCUCAGCUCAAGAGGGCUGCGCAAGGGUGACCAUCCAAGUGGCUUUACUCUGUUUCUAGCUUUGCUGAAGCUGCCGACAGCAGGCAAGCAAUGGAUAUUGUAGAAAAAGAAGGCCUGGUAAUGAUUCAAGGAAUGAAAUUUGGGAAGAAGUCUUGGAAAAGGACUUGGAUGAUACUUUUCCAGCCCAGUUCUUCUGGCAUCGGCCGGAUAGAGCUGUACGAGGUGCGGGAUGGGCCUGGGACUUCAGCCAGGCCUCCGGGCCUGAAGAAGAUGGAGAAGAGAGUCAUCCGUCUCUCUGACUGCUUCAGCAUCGUCCUGGCCCCGGAGGAGAACUGCCCGGCCGACUUCAGCGCCUUCGACCUGAACACUGCCCAGCGCACCUACACCAUCGCCACGCCGACGGUCGAAGGCUGGCACCAGAUUCUUUGUGAAGUGGCAUUUCAGAAAAAUGAUGGGACUCCAGAUGCAAGGAGAACACAGGAGGACACCUCCAUGGCAGAAAAUGAACUCUAUUCAAGUUGGAAGUCAGGUCAGUAUCAGGUCAAAGUUCAACAGACAGAGGCUGCGACGCGGUGUCGUUUGGCAGGCAGCUAUACUCUCUGUCCCGGCACAGAUUCCCUGUCUCUCCUGGACCUCGACACUUCAAAGACCAUCUAUUGCUGGCCCUACCGACUCUUACGCAGAUUUGGGACUUUGAAGGAGGGAGGGGUUACAAUUGAGGCUGGCAGGCGCUGUGAAUCUGGGGAGGGCCACUUUACUUUCUUAUCAAAGCAAGGGUCGGACAUUUACCGGACCAUGGAUGAGGCCAUUGCCCUUCAAACCAGACAACUGGAGCCCAGGCCAGCCCCACCCCCAGAGCCUGUGACUCCGACGCCUAUCCCCAAACCCCCGUCCUUCGACAAGUCCAGGGGCUCCACGGUGCCCCCGACGCUGCCACGCUGGAACAUCUCCCUGCCAGAGCUCCCCACCAGGCCCCAACCGCCACCCGCCAGCCCCCCGAAGGACGUCUACUCCGUCAUCGAGAUGCAGCCAAGUCCGAGGGCCCAGCCCAAACCGCCCAGGAUGACGCUCAGCAUGCUCCCGAGCCUGCCGUCCCGGGACAGCAGGGAGGAGGCCGAGGACGAGAGGUACACCUCCGUCGGGAGCGAAUCUGGCCACCAGCCCGACGACGAUUCUAUGGUUUACUCUAAGCUGAGCGGUAUGGAGGACUGUUACGAGGACGCGUCUAACAGCCAGGAGCAGGAUUGUGUCUACAGCAGGGUGCUGGAUCAUCCAUCCCUUCCUCCUCCCCCGACCUUGAGAAGAAGUCCGGUCAGAACACCAGAGGAGAGGGUGGUGGUGGUGGAGGAGGACGGGGAGGAGGAGGAGGAGGAGAGGGAGAGGAGUGAAGAAGGAGGCGCUCACGUUAUCACCACCACCUCCGAGAUCCCUGUCAACUUCAAACAAACACUCGCAAACAUCCUGUUCAAAGACCGGGCCAAGCUCCAGAUCCACCCAACUCUCCCCACAGAAAGAACAGACUCGGAUGACGCCAUUUAUCCAAAAAACUUUGACAUGUGACAAGGGGAAAUAAAUCCUGUAGAACUAUGGCUCGAGGAGCUCCUAUUAUUGUAAUAAAUAAUUAAAACUACGUAAAACUACGCUACUAAUGAUUAAUCAACGUAAGAAAUGCAUUCAUAUGUUUGUGUGGUGACUGAUGAGGAGUGU